AUGUUCACAUCGGUUAUAAAACAAAGGACUCUCGUCUCCACUAAAGUACCUAUAAGGUCAUUUUCCAAUACCACCUAUACUUCCUCCUGGUUAGGUGAUUUAUUCGGAAAGAAUAAACCAGUCACAAAGCAAAAGAAACAAGAAAUCAUUGAAAAACAAGAUGAAUUCAUUGAAGAAGAAAAAGAAGGAGAAAGGAUUACUAUUUUAGGAUAUGAAAAUUCAAAAGACAUUGUGAAGCCAGGGCAAAGAUUAAAAGGAUUGAAGAUUGUGCCUUGGAAAAGCAGACAAAUUUCAACACAACAAGUUCCAUUUAAAUCUGAUACAUUAUAUAAGAUUUUUAAACAAGUAUAUAAAGAAAACUUUUCAAAAGAGAUUACUGAAGCUGAUUUCCCAAACAUCACUUUCCAUGAUUUUAAUAAAAGAUUAAGAUUUGCAAAUGCAUUGCGUGUCAAAUUAGGAUUUGAAGUUAGUGAUUAUGUAAUUUCUAAAGGUCAUACAUUGGAAGAUUUCCAUAGUGAAUGUCAAAAAUUCUUGGAAAGCAAACGUGGAAGUGAAAGAAAUCCAAAGGGUAUUAGAUUAGUUAGUAUGAGUCCAAUGAAUAUUUAUUUGAAUAAUGAACGUGCUAAGAGUGUUCAAGAAAGGAAAUUUGAAAAGCUUGCCGAACAAGCUAGAGAGAAUCAAAGAAUUCAACUUGAAAAGCAACUCGCUGGACCUGGAGAAGAAGAGCAAAGUGUUGCUUCAAACUAG